GUCAAUCGUGAUAGCCUCAUUUCGUGUCUCCUUUCGUAUUCCCUUCUACUACCCUAAUCCGUACAUACGUACAAUAUGGACUAGACCUUGUCUACCGACAUAUGUAGUAAACAGCCUCUCCGUAUUACCCAGGUAAUCAGCUGAGCGUCCAUAAUAUGGCGUGGGAUCAUGUCGAACAAACCGCUAUACCACUAAAAGGUUAUUUGUGCCACCACGUAUAAUUCAACAGGAUUGAUUGACAUAUCUGCAUUGAGCCGCGAUCACAAAAUUUUUCAUAAGACAUUGGCAAGAGUAGGAAUAGUCUUACGCAGGAAUCCGGGAAUGCAUAUGCAUGUAAGCGGUGAAGCUUCGUGUGUGACUGAAUACAAACGGAGCGGGGAAGUGGUUUAGGAGAGCAUAUGGUUGAAAUGGGAAGACAUUAUGAUGAGUCUUUGCUCCUUGGUGAUUCAUUUUUCUCCCCUCUUUUUCCUUUGCAUCACCUGUUAGCAUAUUGAUAUUUCAUAUCGCUUGUCACGGCUGAAAAUGUCAGAGUCCGAAGGGAUUCAAGCAGCCGGCUUAGGCGACCCAGCUCUCCUCCAGAAAAUCGACGAGUUGCGACGUUUGAAUAUCUCACCCACGGUGCCGCUAACCCAGCUUGUUGUAGUCGGCGACAGGUCUACCGGCAAGUCUAGUUUUCUUGAGAGUUUAACCGGCUUCCCCUUUACACGAGCCAGCAAAGGCAGUACUAGCUAUGUGAUCGAGAUCGUCUAUCGAAGAAGCAAUACGGAAAGAAUUUUAGUAUCUAUGCGGCCUGCCCCUGUAUGUGGAUCAUAUAUGGGUGGAAAUCUAGGGAAUAGGAAUGCUGAGUUACGAGCUUUCAAAGCGGAACUCUUACCCGAAGACCGGAAUAGCAAGAAAUUGCAAGACCUGUUCGACCAGGCUUUUACCCUUCAUUCGGAACGUGGUCGGCCUUCUUAUAAAUCAGAAUUUGCCAGAGAUGUCUUACAGAUUGAGAUAACCGGCCCCAGAGAAGAACAUCUGACAAUCAUAGAUAUGCCUGGGUUACCUGAUAUUCCAAAGCAAUACUCCCUAGGUGAAGCUAUUGAUAUGGAAGUUGAGUCAAUGGUUGAGGACUAUGUUCGAAUGCCUCAAACAAUCAUCCUUGCAGUUGUAUCAUCCAUGGAUGAUGUCAAAAACUGGCGCAUUUCGAAAAUAGUGGAAGAUGUUGAUCCUGAAUGGAGGCGUAGUAUUGUGAUAUUUACAAAGCCGGAUCUCGUCGCACAUCAUACAUCCAAAAAUGCAAUUGUCGAUAUGGUCAAUCAGAAAAGAACUUUCUCAGAUCGCAUCCCCUUCCCAAGACAUGCUUAUCAGGAAAAGCCUUUGUUAGAACGCUUCAUCGUCCAAAACCAAAUAGGACACGCUUCGACCUCUGGCCCUGCCCAACAUGAUCACGCCAAGUGCGUAUUCUUCAAUAAGUCACCAUGGGACCAAUUGGACAAGGCCCGAAUUGGUGUCGGCUCGGUUCGAUCUCGGCUUCGAGAACUAUUAUUAGUAGAUCGCACAGGUCGUUACUUAUUCGAAGUCAAGAAAGAAGUAGCGGCUACCCUCGCAACGAAGAAAGAAAGACUGGAACUCGUGGGUGAGCCUCGUGUCGAUACUGACAAGCAACGCACACACCUUAUCCGCGCCGCCGUACGAUUUUCAGAGAUUGCAAAGCAUGCCUCAGAUACGAGAAACACUAGAAACCCGUUAUCAUCCCCAAGCCCCUAUCUGUGUCUUGCAUCCCUCUUGCAGGAAACCGAGAAAGGAUUUGCCGAGAUGCUAUUUGAGAAAGGACAUCAUUAUGAGUUUGAAGGCGAAGACGGUACAACUGAUUUCCUAUCAAUACCGACGUACCGAAAUGACCUUUACGAGAUAUCUUUUGUCAUCCCUAACGAAAAGGAAUAUCCUGAGCUACACAGAAUACUUUCUGAACCGUUUUCCUGCCCACGCGUUUCUAAGGGAGAACUCAUCGACCACAUUCGAGAGAUAUACUCGCCUUCUCCCAGAUACGAACUCGAUGUUUUUGGAAAUUCUCUACUACCCACAAUCUUCAGGGAACAGUCAGAGAAAUGGACUCCGCUUACUCUAGCUCACCUCUCAAAUGUCAUCUUGAUCAUCCACAAGUUUAUUGACACGGCCAUGAAGGCAGUCUUCCCGGAUGACGGAUUACGAGUGGAGUUGCAAAAAUUUCUCUCCGAUGAGUUCCUCGACUGCUAUCGUCGUGCCAUCAAGCAUGCCGAAUUCCUUCUGCACGUCGAGUGUAAGGGUAGAGUGGCCACCACUCACCCCAAUUUCAAAGACCUUCUAGCCAACAACCGAGAAGAGCGGCAGAAGCGCAUGGUGCGAGAAGGGGGCAAGGAAGUUUCUGAACCCUCUACAGGAAGAAAUCGCGUUAAGGCGAAGAAGGAUGCCAUUGAAGCAGUACUGCCCUCGGUAGAGCAUAUUUACGGGGAUGUACACGAUGUAGUAAAAACGUACUACGAGAUAGCUCGCGCACGUUUCCUAGAUGGGAUUCAUCAGCAAGCCAUCACACACUUCUUGCUGGAUGGCGAACAGAGCGUUUUCCAGGUCUUCACCCCCGAACGAGUACUAUCCAUGACCAGCGAAGAGGUGGAAAAGAUCGCAAAAGAAAGUCCUAUCAGCACGCAAGCCAGGGAGGAAUUGGAGCAGGAGGUUGAGAACCUGGAGAAGGCUCUCGAAGUGCUUGACGCCUAGAUGAAUACCUACGUAGAUAGGUAGUCGUUAGAAAGAAGAGGCCUUAGGCCACGAUAGUCUAAUAAAUGAAUCAAUUGAUUCCAUACGCCCGCUGUCGACAUAAACGAAAAAAAAAAAAAAAAAA